AUCGGUGCUUUCCCCCCCUUCCCCUGCCGCGUGAACCCCCGCGUGAGCGCCCAUCAGCUGCGAUGGUAACGAGAGGGACAUACACGACGCAUACUGUAUUUAUUAUCGGGACGGUCGCUCUCGUGACAACAGCUCUCGAAACAUUACCGCCUCUGAUUCUCGCGCGCCGCUCGCCAACGUCAGAGGACGUGACUUCGCCCCGCUGUGUGCAUAAACUUGUUAUUCCUGCGCGUGUAUCACCUGCGCGACCGCGCGAAUGUACGCAGCAACUAGCCGACAGUGAUAACGCGAAAACCAAAGCGUCGGAGUCGCCGCGGGCGAGUCGUUAACGGACGCGAAGAUCAAUCGAUGUCGAAUGUCGCGUGCCCUCGACGCGCGUCAAGCAACGUUUGCCGAAGAAUACGUGGCGUUCGAACAGAUGCGCUUCGAAGUUGAAUUUCACGAAGGUGCAACAAGUCUCUCCUAUAUAUCUCUCUCUCUCUCUCUCUUUUUCUCUCUCGGAGAAUGCUCAGGGAUGUUCCUCUCUGCGCGGAAUACCAGCUCCAGUUCUUGCAAUUGAGUAGGGAUCAGAUGAAAAUUCGGUGACGAGAAAUAAUAUCUCUGUUGCGGCGGUUGAGAACGUUCGUCUCUUCGUUCGAAGAAAAAUUCAGUAUCUGCGACCGAACAGGGACCAGACGGGAAGCCAGUGACGGACGGAGGAAUGAAAACUCGGUGACGAGAAGCGAUAUCUCUGUUACCACGACGGAAAACAUUCGUGUGAACAUUCAGUUGCAUUCAAACUCGGCUCAGACAACUGAGAGCAAUCGACUGAGCGGAAACUUCCUCCAGGAAUCUUUCCCGUCCCUAAAACCGAGUCUUCAUUCGGCCCCCAGGCGUAGAAAAAUUCAGUAACGCCAGCAACGUUGUUUUUUUCCGUUUCGUAUAUAUUAAUACGUUAAUAUUAAUUAGAUCCCGUCGUUUAUUUUUUCAUCUUCCUCUUAACCUUCGCUCUUCCGAUCGAGGCUGCGCGUGGCGGCCGAAGAGAAACGGGCGCAUAUUCUAAUUCGGUUCGACGGUGUUUUCUUAUCGUCCCGCUCGUUAUCGUCCGGCUACGCCGGCUGUAUCGUGCGGUAGCCGCGAACGAACAGUUGGUGACACAAGUGUUUUCUACUCAUCGCCGGUCGGUGUACGCUAACGCGGCUUAUUUUUCACGCCCCUAUGUCGCAAGAAACACGUCGGCAGAUGUGCGGGAACGAAUGUGACGAGUCGUCGGACUGAAUGUUUUACGACAACCUGUUCGGCCCGUGGGGCCCGCUAGUUAUAAUCGUGAUCGGAGUGGGACUUAUCCUGAUCGCGCUGCUCAUCUUCGCCUGCUUCCUCACGCCCGGCUGCAUCGGCUACGAAUGCUUCAGGAAACGAAGAAAGGAGGUCAAGAAUGUACCUCUGCGGACGAAGAAUCAGGAGAAGGAGAACUUGAAGCUGAGCGACGUCAGCUAUAGGUCGUGGAGACUGGGCAGCCUCUAUGAGAACGACAAUGGUACCAUCAGCGAGAACGCGGGGACUUCGAGGGACUCGUUCAACUCCGCCACCGCGCAAUGCGAGAACGUGGAGUGCUCUUCCACACUGAAUUUGAUCCAGACGGGGAAGGAGAAGAGUCAGAACAAGAAGACGCAGGAGUUUCCAACCGAGCUGACGAUGAGCCUGCAGUAUCUGCCGCCCUGCGACGACGUUAUCACCGGGAAGCUCGUUAUCGGUAUCGAGGCGCUGUGCGGCCUUCCGCCGAAGCAGUACAACUGCACGCUGGAGCCUUACGUGGCGUUGAACAUCGUGAGGCAAUCGUGGAGCCACAGGAAGCGGCAGAAGUUGCACAGUUUCAGGACGAGGGGCAUCAGGCACACCGCCAGUCCGAUAUAUAAGGAGACUUUCGUUAUUGCGAACGUGCGCUCGCAGGAAGCUAAGGAUUGGAUCUUGGAUAUCGCGGUGUACGAUCACGAUAGAUACGCGAAUCACACGGAACUGUGCUCGCUCAAGAUGUCGUUAAGAGACACGAAGAAGAUUUUCUACAGCCCGGAGGUCCACAUGUUCAAUUACCGAAUGAAACCCUCCAGUCAGGAGUUCGGUAACAUCUUACUGGCCAUAAGUUACUUGCCCACCGCGCAGAGACUGACUAUCAACAUCAUGAAGCUACGCGACGUCAAAUUCACACCGGCGGUAUCGAGUCUGGAAGAAUUCAACCCGUACGUUAGAGUGCUGAUGUUGAACGGAAGAACGGGCAAGAAGAUGAAGAAGAAGAAAACUAAAUUCCUGCACGCCGUCGCGCAGCCGGAAUUCAACGAGACUUUGACUUUCGAUUUGGCAGUCACCCAACUCGAUACCGUCCAAUUCCUGGUUGUGCUUUGCAGCAAGGUCUUACCAGAGGGAUCAACCGCUAACAUCAGCACCGAUCACGCGAGCGACAGCGAGGAUUCGGUGAGCUCAUUCAGGAAGUCGGCCGAUGUGUUCAUCGGCAAGGUAGCGCUUGGAAAAGGCGUCCGGGGUUCGACCGAAAGACUGCAUUGGUUCUCUGUGCUGCAAAAUCCGCGGAAACUCGUCACCGUGUGGCAUACCUUGAAGUGACGAAAGCCAUCGUUAUGUUAUCACUUACAUAUGUAUAUACAAAAAGGCGGUCGUGAUUAUGCAGUGUCUCAGGCGUCUCUGCAAAUUACUGAGCGUUAACACACGUGAUCCCGCAUAUUUAUUUUCUAAUUUAAUCCCGUUGUUAGAGAGAGAGAUACUUACGCGUAGCUACCAAAGAUUGUUUUGCCAAUUAAAUUCUAUUUAAAUCUCUAUUCUUGUGAUCGACGAAGGAAAUAAUAAAUUAACAGUUAUGAGAAAGAUAGGAAGAGAGAGACUGGUCUCCUUAAUCAGGCGUCGAUAUUUACCGCAAAUCGUGGUUAUUUCGCAGGUAAUAUCGCAAAUAUCACGUUCCAGCUAACAAUCAUCGAACGUUUCGAAAAAGAUCACACCGAAGCUAGUCUAAGAUUCCAACGGUUUGAAUCGUUUGAAUAUUUAAAUUAAUUCGAAGUUAGCUUGAAUCUGGUUCAGAUAAACUGUUCGAGCUUAACUUCAAACUGGAAAGUUCAAAAUGCGAUCUCUCGAGAAUUCUGAUUGCAUAAAUCAUUUUCAAAUCCCGAAUGCCGAUAAAAGCUAAUAAAUUUAUUGUAAAGCCGAAAUUUACAUCAAUGUUAUGCAUACAGCCGGCAGAUUGAAGGAUGCAACAUUUUGUUUUCGAUAAGUUUUGCAACGUAUCUCGCAUCCAAUAGGAGAAUGUAUCUCUCGAGAAUGAUUAAAAAACAACUUCUCACAUUGGACAUGGAAUAUGUUACGAAACUCAUAAAAAAAAAGUGUUACAAGUUUUAGGGUGACCUUCACCAAAUUCUGAUUAAUCUGAUCAUCGAUUUAAAAUUACUGUCAGUCAGAUAUUGUCUGCUCCAUUUCGCUAACGCAGAUAGAAAUUAUUAAUUUUACGAUUAUUGUUGAACGGCACGUUAAUAAAAUCCGCAAAUCAGUGUUAACAAUCCUUAUUAUUAUUCAUCGAUUAAUUUAAUCGAAGUUUAACGAAAGUCACCUUUAGGUU